GAGGAACUAAAACAUGCUUUCUAGAAAAAUUGUAUCUUAUCUGGUCUGUAAAUAGCACAGAUCAAUGUAAUGUUCUUAAAUCUGUGGUAAAUAGGCGUGGAAAAAGAAAUUUUUGAUCCAAAGUACUACCCUAUGUGAUGACUAGGUACUUCAGAUCAAUUACUAAUGAUCUGAGACGACUACAAUAUAUGUACCUCGCAAUAUUAAAAAGAUGAAAUAGUAAUACAUAAGGUAUAGGUACUAAUAGGUAUAAAUAAGUAGGUAAUAUAUCUACUGCGAACUCCAUGAUUUGUAUUAGAUUUCUCUGUAAUUUUGUAGACUGUAAUCAUUUGUCUAAAUUUGAAGUUUUCAUAUUUUCGCGAAAGAAAAUUUAUUAUGAAACAACAAAAAAUUACAAGAGUAUUAAAUACGGUUACCCCUAUUCAUACGCCCAUUGAAAGUAAUUUGAAACGUUUAAUUUCUGAAAAUAAACAAUUACACAAUUACCUGUUGGAGGCGACGACAAAUCAACACCAGGAGAUGAGCCGGGCCAUCGACCUCAAAGUGAAGAAUUCAAGGCUCAAGAAACAGAUCCAUGAAGCCAAAAUAGAGGCAUGUAGGUUGAAGAGAUUGAUUUGCGUUCCUCCGCUGAAUGACCAAUGAAAACUUUCAACGGCACUGAUCAAUUUAAAAAAAAAGUGAUAAAGGCAGAUAGAAGAAGAAUAUGCUGCUAUUUACUGAAAAACUAAGAAAACUGGAAAAAGAGAACGAACAGCUAAGGUUUCUCAUACGCGUGUCUAAACAGAAACGGGAGGAAGCCACGUGCAAUGCUCUGAACUUGGCUGAAGAAAAUUAUUAUUUGGAGAACAGGUUGCGAGAUGUCAAUAAUGAAUUACGAAGGUUGAAACGUAUUAUGAGGGAUAAUGAUUACAAUAGUUAGUAAAGUGAAAGAAAUGGUUUAAUUUCGUUUUUAUACAACUUUCAAUAAGGAAUGUUAGACCUACCGACAUUUAGUGGCAUGUAGUCGCAUACACACUAGUGAACUUAACUGUCAACCAGUGUGCAGGUUUCGUCACUAAGUAUGUUUUCCUUCACCGGAAGUAAGUGGUGGUCUAUGAAAACUUAUAUACUUACUAUACCGGAGUCAGAUUGGUCUAAAAAUUCACGUGGCACGAGCAGGAUUCGAACCUGGCUUUUCGUUCACCGGCGGAAGGUCUUAAUCACUGCACCACCGCGGUGAUCUGAAUAAAAAUUCCGCUUCGAAGAGCUGUGAAGCCAGCUUUAUACCGAUUGAAAAGCGACUUACAUUUGGCCGAUUUCCCCAUGACUGAUCUCUGAGGGCUGGACGGCAGUCAGUAGCCAGUAAGAAGCGAGCUAGGACGCAUGGCGCACGUCCGAACUGCAGCCCUUAUUUGCGCGUGCGCACUUUUUGCGAACGCCGCGGCCAAACCUGAGCCGGCGCCGCCGAGGAGGUCCGACAGUAAAGAUUCCAAAAUGGCGCACGAGCGAACUAUAGUUGUGAGACGACUGCCUGCCGCUUAUUUGUAUCCAUUUAGUCUGUGGCCCAUCCCCAAAUACCAGACAAGAGGUGUAAAGCUGUUGGAAGCAAACCCGGACGUUAAAAGGUUAUACGAUGACCUCCUCAGCAACUAUAACCGGCUGAUCCGGCCCGUGACCAAUGUCACUGAUAUCCUGACCGUCAGACUGGGGUUGAAAUUGUCGCAGCUGAUGGAAGUCAACCUUAAGAACCAGGUCAUGACAACCAACCUCUGGGUUGAACAGAAAUGGUUCGACUACAAGCUCACUUGGAACCCUGACGAUUAUGGCGGUGUGGAGAUGCUUUAUGUCCCAUCUGAACACAUUUGGCUUCCUGAUAUCGUCCUUUACAACAACUGGGAUGGGAAUUACGAGGUAACACUGAUGACCAAAGCGACGCUAAAAUACACUGGAGAGGUGAACUGGAAGCCGCCAGCGAUCUACAAGUCGUCGUGCGAGAUCAACGUCGAGUAUUUUCCCUUUGAUGAGCAGACAUGCUUCAUGAAGUUCGGCUCGUGGACCUACAAUGGGGCUCAGGUUGACCUAAAACACAUGGAUCAAUCACCAGGCAGCAGUCUCGUCCAUGUCGGCAUUGAUCUUAGCGAAUUCUACCUCUCAGUGGAGUGGGACAUUCUUGAAGUACCCGCUACCAGGAAUGAGGAGUACUACCCUUGUUGCCCUGAACCUUUCUCAGAUAUAACAUUCAAACUGACGAUGCGUCGGAAAACUUUGUUCUAUACAGUAAAUUUGAUUAUCCCUUGUGUUGGGCUCACGUUCCUAACAGUUUUAGUGUUUUAUCUACCCUCGGACUCUGGAGAAAAGAUCUCGCUCUGCAUCUCCAUCCUGGUCUCCCUCACAGUGUUCUUCCUUGGUCUGGCAGAGAUCAUCCCGCCAACCUCCCUGGCGAUCCCCUUGCUUGGGAAAUAUCUACUAUUCACCAUGAUUCUCGUCUCGCUCAGUGUGUGGGUCACUGUAUGCAUACUUAACGUCCAUUUCAGGUCUCCAUCGACUCACACCAUGUCUCCGUGGAUGAAAAAGCUGUUCCUUCAGGUGAUGCCCAAGCUUCUUAUGAUGAGAAGAACCAAGUACUCCCUGCCAGAUUACGACGAUACAUUCGUCUCUAAUGGUUAUACUAAUGAAUUGGAAAUGAGCCGAGACAGCCUCACCGAUGCCUUCGGAGACUCCAAAGUGAGCGACAAUGGAGACUAUCGUAAGUCUCCAGCUCUUGAAGACGAUAUCCUGUCAGCUUCGGCACAUCAGAGACCUUCAGUUACGGAGUCUGAGAACAUGCUGCCUCGUCACCUGUCUCCUGAAGUGGCUGCCGCUUUGCAGAGCGUGAGGUUCAUCGCACAGCAUAUCAAGGAUGCUGAUAAAGACAAUGAGGUGGUCGAAGACUGGAAGUUCAUGUCCAUGGUGCUCGAUCGCUUCUUCCUCUGGCUGUUCACAAUCGCCUGCUUCGUUGGCACCUUCGGGAUCAUCUUCCAAUCUCCGUCGCUGUACGACACCAGGGUCCCAGUAGACCAGCAGAUCUCUUCCAUUCCUAUGAGGAAGAACAACUUCUUCUACCCGAAGGAUAUUGAGACUAUUGGUAUUCCCGCUGCUUAAUUUGUUAUAGUAAGGUUUUUCAGUACUACAAUGAAUUUUAUUGGAUUUACCAUUAUGGAGUUUGGGUUAUGAGAUUGAAUAUCACUAAUAAAUAUAGUCUUUAGGAUGUACCUUAUCGUUAUGCAAAUAAUAAGCCGUACUGUUAUAUUAUAACGAACAAUGCUCAAAGAAUACGUUUUUUUCUAUAUAAAACUAUAUAGAAGUGCUUUUAAUGAUUACAGAUUAUUUUUAUGUUUAGUGUCAUCUAUUAAAAGUCAAUACGAGUCUUCUAAAUUUUCGGCAGAAUUUGCGAUGUUAUUUGUGUUUCACACACGAUUACCGUAAUAUUGCAAAAAAAAAAAUUGGUAAAUUUGGCCUAUUUUAGGGACAAAAGGGUGCGAUACAAGCUUGUUUUUGGCACUUGAUUUACGAUGUGUUGAAUUUUUUAACAAUGAACAGUCAUAAGCCUCUGCUUUGCGGCUGAAUAACUUUCGAUAAUUUUUUACAUGUUCAUAAAAAUAACGUUAACAAGGACGCUCCUAUGCUUUUUGCGGUCGAAAAGUACCAAAGAACUUGUGUGGCCAGAAUAGAUAGUAAUUUAAUAUUAGUUCAAUUAGAUUUUAUCUAUACAUAUUUUACGUCAAUCAUAUUUCUCCUAUUCGAAUUUCUUUAGGCUCGGGUUACCUAUUUUAUUCAUGUUAAUGAUUUUUGAUUUAAGAGUAUAAUGAUUAUUAAAAUGUAAGAUUUAUAUCGUUAGCUAGAUAUAGAUUGGUAAUCAGAUUGUAGUGUAUUAUAGUAAUUUAGAGAAAAUACUUUGAGUAUAAUAUUAUCUUGAGUAUAUAUUCUACUUGUCAUUUUCUUAGCUAGGCAGAAAAUGGCCAAAGUCAAGUCCUACUUGGAUUAGAAAACCCUUUGCAAUUUUUUUUUCAAUGAAAAUUCUUGAUCCAAGACGGAAUAACGAACACGAUUCAAAUCUACAUGUAUAAGCUAAGGUAUAUAUAAAUGUUCUGAAAUAAUAAUCUUAGAGAACUUAACUGGCUGUGAAUUUAAGUUUUUAAUAUUUUAUAACUAAAAGUAGGUUUUAACAAGUGCAUGUACCGUUUGGAUAUUGUUAUAACCGUAAAAUAUUAUGGUUUCAACCUUACUGUUACGUCACUGAAGUUCAAUGCACAAUAAAUAUUAAC